AUGGAGAGUGACUUUGACAGACAAAAAUUUCCCGUCUCUGGCCAGUUCCCUCCGUUGGAUGUCAACGCUCUGCAUAGUCUAAGGUGUAUUCCCACAUCUGAGGAAAUCAGGAGAACUGUUUUCUCGAUGGGUAAGUUUAAGGCGCCAGGUCCGGAUGGUCUUCAGGCCAUUUUCUUCUACACUCAAUGGGAGACCAUUGGAAACUCUGCCUGCAACAUGGUGAAGGACAUAUUUAUUUCUCCGGGGAAGAUUCAAGACAUAAACAACACCCUCAUCUGUCUUAUCCCUAAGGAGAUAGUGCACUCCAUGAAAAGGAAAAAGGGUGAAAUUGGUUUGAUGGCCAUAAAGAUAGAUUUAGAGAAAGCUUACGGCCGGUUAAACUGGGAUUUUGUUUACGAUACUUUGGCAUAUAUAGGCUUCCCUACUAAUGCUGCUGACAUUAUUAAGAGUUGUAUCUCGACCAGCUCUAUGAAUUUAUUAUGGAAUGGUCGUACCACUAUGGACUUCAACCCAACUAGAGGGAUUAGGCAAGGAGAUCCUCUAUCUCCCUACCUUUUUGUCCUUUGUAUUGAAAGGUUGAGUCACCUUAUCCAAACUGCAAUGGGGGCCAAGGCGUGGAAGCCUAUUCGGUUAAAGAAGAAUGGGCCUUGGUUAUCUCACCUCUUUUUCGCAGAUGGUAUUUUUCUUUUCAUGGACGCGUCUUUGAAACAAGCUGUUGUGGUGAACCAAGUACUUAGGGUCUUUUGUGAUGCAUCUGGUCAAAAUGUGAGCCAAGAGAAAACCAGAGUUUUCUUCUCCAGAAAUGUUAUUCAUGUUCGCUCUAAAGAGAUUUGUGACAAGUUGGGCUAUUGUAUGACCAAUGAUCUUGGAGGUUUGGGAAUCAGGAAUUUGCGUGUUUUAAAUAAGGCUUUUAUCAUGAAGCUUGGUCAUGGGAUCCUUACAAAUAGAGAUGCUUUGUGGGUGCAAGUUCUAAGGAGUAAGUACAAUAUGGAUGACAUUCUUCUUCCAUCCAUUGGUCAGUCUACCGUAGCCUCGAAUCUUUGGAGGGGUGUAACUAAAUACUGGAGCAAAAUUUUGGAGAGGUCUAGAAUCAUGAUAGGGGAAGGUAUGAAGACAAAGUUUUGGAUGGACAAAUGGAUUCCUCAAGUUGAUCACCUUGCUUCUGCCGCAUCAGCUCCCAUCCCUGGUAAGGUCCUCAACCAUUUCGUUGUUGAGUAUGUUAAUGAGGGGGAUAGUUGGGAUUGGCCUAGCAUCACGCCAUAA